UUGCUUCUUUUUUCACACGUCGGCUUUGUUAAGCAUCGCGCGUGUUUACUAGUUCGAGUAGAAAAAUCAAUUUUUCAUCUAAAAAUCAUAAAAUUUUGUGCGAAAAAAUAGUUCAAAACUUGCUCCUGGUAGAUCGCUACACUUGGACAAACAAAAAUGGACGAAGAAACACCGGAAUUGCUGUUUUUCGACACAUUUUCGCACGACACUUACGAGAAACUCAACUUAGACCUGGUCCAGUUCCCGAAACCGGUUUACAUCACCGAGGUGCGCAUUAUUCCGCUGGGAGCGCGAGUACAGGCGGAUUUUCCCGGUGGCGUUCGGUUGGGAGCUACCAAUCCGUCUCAGUUCAAAAUCGAACUGUUCGUGAACGAUCUCGGCAAGCCGGGAGCACCGACCUUCGAGUGUUUAGGUGAUUUCGAGUACAAUCAAAAUAACUGCAUCCAUUUGGAGUGUGGCAAACCGGACGAUGGAGGGCCACGGCCGAUUCCAACCGACGGGUUGGUGUUGAAAGGAUUUUACACGACGAUUACGUUGGCUGUUUAUGGUAUUUUGACGGCUAAUAUUGCGGAACCGAUUGUUUCGCCUCGAGAGACAACACCGCAACCGGAUCAGGUGCUGCCGGUUGAGGUUGGACCCGGUGUUGGUCAGGAUGGCAUUGCCGAGCCGCUGGGUGUUGCUCAAGAGUGGUUGGAAGAACCGGCGCCCGUCGUUCCGACGGAGGUGUUCGUGCAGAAAGAAUAUCCGGAAGCUGAUGGGGAAGAUAUUCCAAAAGACCCUCGGCCGUAUGCACGGAGAGUUGCUGCGGCGGCCGCAGCUGUUGGGGUUAUUCCGGCGGAGCCGGUUUCGCCGAAAAUGAUGGUGUGCAGUGAGGUUGAUGUGGAUAAACGUGGCAAGCGAGUGUCUCGUUCCACCGAGAGGCAGCUGCAGUAUGAACCGGCGGUGAGAUCCAGGGGGCGUAGCCACGAGUAUUCCCGUUCGCCUAGCUUGUGUAAGGAUUAUCAAACGCAAAAGCGAGAUUGGUCUAGAAGUCCGGAUUAUGGGCAGAGAUCGAGACGAAUUCGCAGCAGUUCGUACGAUCGGGUGCGGAGGGGAUCAUCGUACGAUGUGGAGAAGGACGAGCGGCGGAGACCGAGGUCUCCGAUUGAUUCACCGAGGCGUCCAAGAUCGCCUGACCCGUUAGAUUCCUCGAACGAUUAUGAUGAUGCUGAUUUUCGUCACGGCCAUAAGUAUGAGAAGCGUCCGGCUGAAGGACGUUUGAAAGGUUCGAGUGGCGGUGCGGCAGUCACUGCCACCGGCAGUCCCGCUUCCAUUUCGGCUACACCGGUGCCUUCGCCGGCUUUGGUUCCGGAUGAGGAUGCUUUGUCUUCAACCGAGCAGUUCGAGCCGAUUCUUAGCGAUGAGGACAUUGCGGAUGAUUACGACUAUGAUAUGGAGUACGACUUUGCGGAUGAGUACUAUAAGAGUUUCAAUCCAUUUACUGCGGUGUUGAAAAAGUUUGUCCCGGAGGAAGAUAAGUCACCGAUUGUACUUUCCACGGUUAAGCAUUUGGAAAAUUUGUUAAAGAAUUUGCGGUACACCAAACAAGCGACGGCAAGCUUUGGCACUGAAUCGGGUGACUUCAAGGAGGGUUUCGUGGUUUACACCGAGCAGAUUGUGCAGUUGCUGAGUCAGAUCUUUCAGCUGCCCGAGUGUCGGGCAAAAUUCGAGCGGGAUUCGGUAGGUUGGAUUGAGCAAAAGGCGGAAGGCAUUGAUGUUAUGUUGAAUUGCAUCAAGUUGGGUUUGGAUGUUGAUCGCGGGUUGACCCAGCCGCAGCCUGCGUAUAAAUUACGCCACAUGAAGGCUGGCAUUCGGUUGACGGAAUUUCUUGGCUCGACCGAGGCUUUCGUGAAGGUUAUCCUCGAACAGGAGGAUUUUAAUAUCUUCGAUAAACUGCUUGGGCUGUACUCGCAAAGUUACAUGGCGCUUUCGAUCAAGUUAAUGAUAAUCCGUGCGAUUUACGGUUGCUUGGAUACCAAGCGGGGUUUGGACUACUUCUUGAGUCCGGAAUAUAACGGAUACCAGAUUUUGUUGGAUUUGAUUCAGGAAAACCCUUCGACUCGCAUCAGUUUUGCGUUGAAAUCUCUGCUGAAAAAGAUUAACAUGUAUGAGAAUCUAGAUUUGAUGCGCAGCACCGUUUCCGAUAUGUACACAACCCGGCUGGAGCCGGGCUUUAAGGCGGAUCCAUCUACGGUUUCGGUACUGGAGAACUGUUUCGCCGAACUGACGAAGGCACUUACCUGGGACGCUAUAGCCUAUAGCCAGCCGAAGCGCUUCCUACCGGUUUCGGCUAAAUUUGAAAUUCAUAAGGACAUUCGCUCGUCACUGACCGCAAACAGAAGCUUUGUCGCAUUUUUCGAAACACACAAGCUGCUGGAAACGAUCGUCUUUUUGUUGGAAAUGAAAAUCCCAUCCUCUUCGCUGAUAGGAGCAGUGUACGAUCUACUGGCUGCACUGCUGAAGAACCACCAGAAGCUGAUCUAUCUGUCGGAUAACAUCCAGACGGUUAAUGUUUUGUUGCGCAUCUUGUUCCAACACUGUCCAGCUGCUAGCGCAGCAGCAGAGGAAUCCCACCCGGAGGAUUUGAUGCAUGAGCUGACACGCGGUCAGCUGCUGGGUCUGGAGAUGGCCUACAAGCUGCAAACGGUUUACUAUCUCGAUGGGAUCGGUCAAACAAAGGGCGAUCUGGACAAGUUGGUGGAACAUUUACAAUCGCUGUUCCAUCUAACAACCAGCAUUGGGAAAAGAUUCGUGGUGGAAGUGAUUAGUAUGGAGGAUAAUCUGCAACUUUUGCUGGACUUGAUUGAGGUUGAAAAGCGGGCACUUUCUAAGGAAGGUUCUCCUGGGUUGAAGCACAAGUCUCCGGUACUGAGCUACAGCGUUGAUUUGGUCGAUUGUGCCGUUAGGCACUGUGACAAUGUUGGUUAUCUUUUGAAGCACGGCGAGAGCUUGCUCAGCCUGGUGAAGCAACACGAACAGUUCGAGUCUUCGGUUAGCGCGAUGUUUCAGGAGAUGGCAGUCUACCUGAAGCCACUGGAAAUCCACGAACUGUUCUCCUACGAAGACAUCAACCCGCUGGUGGAAUUAAUGAAGCGUAGUUUCGAAUUCAUAACGACUUUCCCAGGGGAUUUGAUAAUGUCUCUGCGAUUGCUUCGCUACUUGGGUAUACCGGAGUACGAAGGACAGGGCGAUCCGAGCCACCGGGAGCUAAAAUACAAGUACACCAUCCUGCAGUUCUACUCGGCUGAUGGCAAAACUCUGCUGAUUUCGAUCCUCGAAAAGCUGUACACUUACUUCGAUCAGCCUGCGAUCCACGCGUCCAGUUUGGCCAGCAUGCAGGGCAUUCUGUUGACGCAAAUUCUCACCCCACUGGUUCAAAUCCUUCGCAAACUGAUGACCUAUUUGGUCGAGUGCCGCAACACCGAGUUCAAGGAUCUAACCGUAAUCGAACCGCUGCUCCGAACGUAUGCCCUGAUGCAGAGCGUUCCCAUCAGUGCUCCCGCCAUCAACGAGGCACGUGAAAUCCAGAAGGACAUCAUCCGCAUUUUGCUGAUCUUCACCCAGCCAACUCCGACGGACGGUCUCGAUACCAACAACAUCCACAAGAGCCUCUGGACGCUGAUGAUCGGCGAACUGAUUAAGUUUAUCCUGUACGGUCCUAACUAUUUCAUCCCCGGGCUGUUGGUUUUCUCCGAACUGCUGCCUCUGCCACUACCGAUCCAAUGCCGCCAGGAAUUGACGACGAUCGAGGUCAGCAAACUGGUCAACGAGCGGCAGCUUUGGUCCGCCCAUUUGCACCCGCAAAGUCCCGCCAUCACGGAAAUGAUUCAAACUAUUUGUCCCUCGAGUUACACCCCACUGUUGGUCAUUUUCAGCCGCGUUUGUUUGCAGCUGUCGGAUUUGGCACCGAACAUGACGCUACUAAUUUCGAAAGCCAUCACCGAUCUGAUCCUACAGGAACCGCUACUAUCGGGUGGAUUGGCCAGCACCUCGCAUGCGAGGCUUUUCAGCUUCCUUGGCAGCUUGGUGUGCCACGCGUCUGUGAAAAUCUCCGUCCUCUCGAUUCUUCCCGGACGCAUCAUGGAUUUGAUGACGGGUUUCCUGUUGAAUAGCGGCCAAACACCGGCCCACCAGCAAACACAGGAAAAUAUCUACAUCGUGUUCCAGAAUUUGCUCGAUACCGAGUUUGCGAUAGUGUUUGGAAGCAACAUUGCACCGGCGAUGCAGCUUGCCUGCUCGCUACCGUCGAAGGAAAUCAUCGAGAGCUGCUGUACGACCAUCGUCGAUAAUCUGUCCAGUGUGGAGAUUGGGGCCGGGUUGCUGGCUGCCGUCGUUAGAACUAUGCUGCUCCUUACGGAGCAUGACAUCACACUAUCCACCUUGCUAGUGGCAAUGGAAAAACGCAAAGAGGCAAUCCUUUCGGUGGUUCAGCACUUUGCCGACCGAGCGCGCGAUAUUCCCGACUCCUAUCGGCAGAUCUUCAUAAUGCUAGCCGAGUUUUGGCGUUCGCUAAUCGUAAUCGACGACACGGCGCUGAUCGGCUUCAAUCUACCGAAGCGUACAGUUAAACUCAACCGGGAUCAGCUGGCAACAUUUCUCUGCCGAAUGAGCCUCAAAAAAGAAGGCCAAGAAUACCCGCUGGACACAGAUUGCACCCAGCUGUUGAAAACGCUACUGAACAUCUACCGGGUAGAGCCAAAAGUUGCUGUUGUCGAACCGGUAGUCGAUCCUUCAGCGGACGCUGAAGAGAGCUCGCAGUCAGUACCGCCGAUGAUUAUCACCCCGCCGGACACCUUGGAGGAAAAUUUAACGUAUCUAAUCGAACAACUGAAGGAUGUUUCCCCUGCCUGGGAGUCUCAGUUUGAUUUUGGAACCGUUGAAUCACUGCCGCAGGCAGAGGGUAUCGUCACACAGUACGCUUCCCGCAGUGUGUUCAUUAUCAGCGAAGAAUUCGAAGAUCAGCUGAAAGCCAGCUACUGGCUAAGCUUCUCGCCGUGCGAUGAAGAUAUCGAACGCGAGCAGAUUCCGUGUGAUCUACAGGAGCUAGCGAAAACCUGUCUAGCCGGCGACAUCAAUCUAACAUCCGACUGCAAGCGACUUCUGCAUCUGUCGGCUUCGCCGCACUCAAAUCGAGACCGGGUGACAACGGCACCCUGCUUCCGAACUCGCCGAGUGGAAGUUGAACCAAGUACCGGGAGACCGGAGAAGAAAAUUUUCGCAACUCCAUUGCGAGGACGUGGUUUCACUCGAGCACCCGUUACACGGGGUGAUCUAUUCCGCUCGCGUCCGCCAAACACUUCUCGCCCACCUUCAUUGCAUGUAGAUGAUUUCCUCGCGCUCGAAACAUGUGGUGCCCAACCGACGGGACCCACCGGAUACAAUAAACUAUCUCGUGACAUAAUAACCAUCCGUGGAAGCGGUCGAAGCCGUGGUCGUUCGUUCUCGGAUCGCAUUCGCUCUGGUCCAGGUUCUGGCUGGGGCCAGGGUGGUGGCAACAGCGGGGGUGGCGGUGGCUCCGGAUGGUCUCAGGGUCACGAUGGUCCGUCGGGCUCGAACAGCGGAGGAAAACACUUCGGGAGUGGGAGCCACAGUCACUAUCGGGAGCAGUCGCAGAAUCACUUCGGAGCGCCGCAUGUACGUUCGCGCUCUGGUCGGGGCUUCAGUCGGUACGGUAGCCGGCUGUACUCGCGGCCGAAUUGAGCGUAAGUAUGCUUAUCAUCAUUGCUCGUGCGGGACGAUGUGGGCUGGUUGCGAUAUCAUCGUCACUGCAAUUAUUUUCAUUCACAAUUAUAACAUUUAAUAUAAUAUGCAUAUUUUAGACACGUAGCUUCGUUGGAGGGAAACCCUCCCCCAGCAUGCGCUAUCUAUUUACCUAUAGCAUUGAGUUUAGCUGUUUUCACGGCAAAUUAAAUGAUAACAUUAAUGUGUGGUAGCGGUAA